AUGUCGACCGAGAUGGAGACGUCCAUUGUUCGGGACCCGGCGAAUUCCGGCGUUAGCCAGAUGUGUGUUGAAACUCAAGGGGAAGAAAUUUCUUCCGAGGAAUUCAACGACAAUGCAGACUGGUCGCAUGUAGGCCGGCGUAUAAAGACCUUGGCCAGCCAGGGGACUGCCGCUCACCAGUCAAGACCUACGACGAAGAACUUUGCCAGGAACGUGAAAGCUUCGGUGACGAGGGCAGCAAGGAUGCCGGACGCGCUACCGAGGGAGGAGACCAAGGUGAUAGUGCGGCCUCGGGGAGGCCUUAACAUGGCGAGGACCCAGACCGCCACCGUGGCAUCAGCCAUCAUGACGGCGGCGAACGUAUCAAGGGAGGACGGAGCAGCGGACACCUUCUGCCCCAACUUGCAACAAAACAUCAUGGUGGUGAGUACCCCCGACGAUAUACGUGCUUCACGUUACGCCGAAAUAAAAUCGAUCUGCAUUGGUGGCAAGGAACACGUGGUUGGCGCAUAUCAAACCGCGCCAUAUGGCACCGUUAAAGGCAUUAUUAGAGGUAUCCCAAUAGAGGACUCCACGGACGCAAUCGACCGGAACAUUGUAAACUCGAGAAAUCCCUUGGCACUUGGCGCGAAGAGGAUUGGUAGCUCGACCACAGUCAUCGUGGCUUUCAAGGGCCUGAAGGUCCCGAAUUACGUGUGCUAUGGUCCCGUUCUCACCAAGUGCAGCCUAUAUCGAAAACAAUUCGAUGUAUGUAAGCAGUGCGGAAAGGUGGGCCACCGCCGCGACGUUUGUCCAAACCCUCACGUGAGGGCUUGCUUUGCUUGCGGGGCCGUUGACCCCAAGGAAGACCAUAGUUGUACCCCCACUUGCCGAUUGUGCGGAGGGCCACAUCUGACCGGUGACAAGGUUUGCAAGAAUAGGUUCAAGAUCCCAUACGUAGUUACAAGGAGACAAUGGGAGCGCAAGAUGGCCGAACAACAAGCGCAGCAGCAACAACGAACAUCUCUCAGAGCUGAGGAAUUUCCAUCGCUGAUGUCAGCAACCGCAACACCUGCCGGCCCAGCUGGUCGCCGAGCGUCACGUUCCGUCUCGAAGCGCAGGGCCAGCGAGAGUAGACAGCGUAGCCUUAGCCGUAAGCGAUCGCAGUCACGUGACCGCGUGAGCUGGGCCGAUGCAGCAAGGCACGGUGCCAAGAAAGCACAGGGGGGUGCCACCACCACCACCUCCAAUACCGCAACGACCACCGCAACGACCAUUAGCACCAGCAAGACCGUCGAUGGCAACAACAAGAGCAAGACGAGGGAAGACGAGGCGAUGAGGAUGUUGCAGGAAGACAACGAGGCACUCAGGCGCAAAAACAACGAGCUCGAGACGAAAGUCAGUAGGCAAGAGGCCACUAUUAGCAAGAUGGCAAACGAGAUCAUGGAAAUCAAGAAGCUUCUCACGACCCGUUCCACCAAUAACGAAACGCCCCAAGCGGUAUCAUGUGAGCCAACACCCAGCAUCAGCAGCGCUUUACCAUCAACAUCCGCUGAGAAGGAACCGGCACCCAAGAGACGAGCGAUCGAGAACCUGAAGGAGCGCAAGCUCAACGACCGGGUGGACAACCUGAAAGACAAGGUCGACCAAAUCGAGGAACACUUCGAUGGGCUCGAAGAUUAUAUUAAGACAACAUUCACCACGAUGAUUAACGACAGAGCCAGCACCGUGGCGGGAACUCACAGGCUCGUCGCCUGCGGGGACUUCAACGCGGCACACCCGGCAUGGGGAUAUAACAAGCAAUUGGCCAAGGGGCGAGACCUGUUCCAAGACACAUUAGACCUGGGCUUCACCCUCAUCACAGACCCGACUGAUCCUACAAGGAUUGGGAACUCUGUGUCCAGGGAUACGACGCCGGACCUCACGUUCGUGAAGAACGAGGAGAAGGGGAAUAUCUCCUGGCGCAACACGGGGUCAGAGCUCGGCAGCGACCACUACAUCGUAGAGGUCAUCAUACCGGAAGAGGUCAAGGCCUCGGAGGACACCAGAAAACAUUAUUUUACGGAUUGGGAUGCCUUCCGUAGCCUGUUACCAACGGAGAUGGAGGAAAUCAAUAACAUAGAAGAAUGGUCGACAAGGUUCGGCAAAACCUGGAACUUGAUGCGGCAUCUGCUCGACGAGACUAAAACAAAGUCCCACCAACGCGACCGCCUCGCAAAGAUCAUUCACAGAGCAGUCAAGGAAAACGGGGAAACUGAAGUAAUCAGACGCAUAAACAGCAAGUAUCUUCCGGUUACACCCACGGAAAGGCAUCCUGAGUACGGCGGUCAAGCCAACGAGAAGCUUGACCGCGACAUCAGCGUCGAGGAGGUGCGAGCGGCCCUGCACGAACUAAACAGCAAGUCAGCGGCCGGCCCGGAUCACAUCUCGAACAGAGCGCUCAAGAACCUCAGCGAUGUGGCCAUCGAAAACCUCACCGGUUACUACAACAAGUGCUGGAGUGCGGGGUCACUGCCCCAGCAGUGGAAGAGUGCCAAGACCAUACUCAUCCCCAAACCAGGCAAGCCGCCGAACACGGACAACCUCCGGCCCAUCUCGCUCACGUCCUGCGUGGGCAAGGUGUUGGAGCACGUCCUCAUGUGUAGGUGGCAGGAUUACCUGGAGGAGUCGGGACUAUACCCCACCACGAUCAUCGGGUUUCGGCGUUCCCUCGGCACCCAAGACGCGAUGAUUCUGUUGAAGAAAGAUAUAAUUGACGAAGAUACCCUAACGAAAGACAACAAGGCCAUUCUGGGGCUGGACCUGCAGAGCGCCUUCGACAAGGUGAAGCACUCUGCAAUCCUAGCCCAGGUGUCCAGACUCAACAUGGGCGCAAGAACAUACAAUUAUAUCAAGGACUUUCUGACGGGACGGACUACCGAGCUCUGCGCCGGCGAUCUACGGCUCCAAGAGAAGAGGCUCGGCAGUGUCGGGACCCCCCAAGGCUCGGUCAUCUCGCCGUUGUUAUUCAACCUCGUCAUGAUCGGGGUGGCCAAGCGACUCUCUCGCGUCGAGGGCGUCCGGCACACCAUCUACGCCGAUGACAUCACGCUGUGGGUUCCGGGAGGCAGCGAUGGUCACAUUGAGAGCACGCUGCAAGAAGCCGUCGAUGCGAUUGAAGACCAGCUGAACGGUUCCGGUUUGAUCUGCUCACCGAGCAAGUCAGAACUGCUGGUGUUGCCACCGAAAUACGUCAGACGUAAGAAGAGCGAAGCGAGGGAUUACGAGGCCAUCAAGAUCGUGACGAGGAACGGCCACGUGAUCCCGGAGGUCGACAAAAUCCGGGUGCUCGGCAUGAUCAUAGACAAGCGACGAGGCAACGGCGAGACUAUUUCCCGCCUUACAGCCAAGAUUACCAACGCAAUACGUCUCAUCAGACGGGUCGCCAACCGCAAGGCCGGGAUGAAGGAGGAAAGCUUGACUCGGCUUGUGCACUCCUUCGUAAUCAGCCACGUCACCUACGUUGCAGCCUUCCACAACUGGAUGCAAUGUGAAAGGAAUAAAAUCGACGCCCUGAUACGCCGAGCUUACAAGGCGGCGCUCGGACUAUUCGAGUGUACGAGCACCAACAAGCUCCUGAGCCUGGGGGUACACAAUACCCUCGACGAAAUUGCGGAAGCGCAACGGACCGCCCAGCUGGAGCGGCUCUCUAUGACCGAAGCCGGCAGGCGCAUACUUCAAUACUUGGGCUUCACGCCCGGAGCGAAAGCGGCGAGUAGCGACGUUUCUGUCCCGGACGGAACCCGGCGCCGGAUUCGGGUGGACCUCAUCCCGAGAAACAUGAACCCGGAGUACAACAAGGAGAGAAGAGCGGCGAGGGCCAAGGCCCUCAUCGACUUUCACGCCAAGGACGAGCACGCAAGGUUCGUAGAUGCGGCAGAAUACCAGGGAGACUGCGCGGCGUUCGUAGCUACCGUCAUCGAGGCUUCGUCCGGCGCGACGAGGGCAGCGGCGAGCUUACGGGUCCGCGAGGCGUGUCAGGCGGAGGAGGUGGCCAUUGCCCUGGCCAUUGCCGACCCCGGGUGCCAGACGGUGUUGUGCGAUUCCCGAAGUGCAGUGCGGAAUUAUGCAAAGGGCAAAGUGUGUGGUGAGGCUGUGCGCGUUCUGUGCUCGGCUGACCUGCAACGACAGAAUCGGUGUGUUAGAAUCAAGUGGUUCCCGGCGCACGCGGGCAACGAUGCGUCCGAGAAGCACGAUAACCACAACGAGACGGCACACGCAGUGGCGCGAGCGCUAACCAACCGCGCCGCUGCAAACGACCGUCCAACGUGGUGUAGUGCCAAGGACCGCAUGACGACGUUCAACGAACUUACCCAGUUCCACCGCCUGGCUCGAAGGACUUUCCCACCCCCGCACCCGGGGCUGAGCCGAGCGGAGGCGGUGCUGUUCAGACAAUUACAAACUGGUUCUUUACCCACCCCAGUAUUAAUGACUCAUCUAUACCCUAAAUUAUAUGUGAGUGAUGUGUGCCGCGUGUGCCAGCGGGAGAGGGCCACCCUGACGCACAUCCUAUGGGAUUGCACCAAGUUUCCCAAUGAGGCUUCGACAAGUACAGCGAUUCCUCCGCGACUCGCGGCUGCGGCGGAAUGCUACGACCACGAAAGCCAAACCUGGGCCGUCCAGCAGGUCUCGGCGGCUCUUGAAAGACAA